AUGAUCGUCGGUGCCGCUGUUGUGCUGCUGUGUGCAGUGCUGGGCGCGAGCGCAAAGCCCAUUCCAAUGAACACGCGCUUUGUGCCAGAGGCUGCCACGCCGCCACUCAAGACGAUGCGCUUGCAUCGUGAGGUUGGCGUUCGUGCGCCCGCGCCUCACCUGUACUCCUUCGACUACGAGAUCAGCCUUCGCGGUGUGCAAUACUCUGCGGCCGCAUACUGCUCCAACUCCACCGUCAAGGACUGGUCCUGCAAGCCCUGCCACGGCGCUGGCCUUCCAGCGCUCUCGGACAUCAACGUGUUCUAUGCCAAGAAGACGUCCACGUACGGCUAUGUCGGUCUGGAUUCCGUCAACAAGUACAUUGUCGUUGCGUUCCAAGGCACGCACAACCUGAAGCAGUGGAUUGAUGACCUGAAGUUCAUGAAGACAGACCUGCACUACCCUGGCGCCGGCUCGGACGUCAAGGUUCACAGAGGCUUCUACGAGGCGUACCAGGAGGUGAAAGGCACCGUCGACCGCUUUGUUGAGAGCACGUUCAGGCAGAACCCCAACUACCGCAUCCUCGUCACAGGCCACAGCCUUGGCGCUGCGCUUGCUGCCAUGUGCUCGCUGGACCUGAGCAUCCAGUUCCCAUCUGCGUCCAUCUACCACUACACCUUUGGGCAGCCCCGUGUCGGCAACGCCCCCUUCUACGACUUUUUCAAGCAGUCGUCCAUCAAGGCCUCGUUCCGUUUCGUCCACAACCGCGACAUUGUGCCCCACCUCCCGCUCGAGGCGAUGGGUUUCCACCAUAUUGCCACGGAGGUGUUCUACAAGGAGCAGUUUUCUGGCCCAGAGAGCCUGCACGAGUGCAACGGCUCAGGCGAGGACCCCGACUGCUCUGAUCAGUUUAACGUCGACAUUUCCAUCUCGGACCACCUCAACUACCUUGGAUUCACGGUAGACACCGACGCCUGCCACUAG